GGGCUCGAACCCGGACCGCUCGAUCCGGAGACGAGCGCAAUACCAUGAGGCCACCGCGCCUUCCACAACAUACCCGACUACUCACACAUAAUGCCAGCUCUCUACGAACUUUAUUGGCGUCUCAUUACUUAUCGAAUUAAGUAAAUUCUUACCUUUAAAUCAAUUUACGGACUAGCGCCAUCUUAUCUUAGUGACGUCCGCUAAAAGUUAAGCAAAAGAGCUCAUAGUCCUUACGCUCUAAAAUAGCCUGCUGUUAGAAAUUCCACGGGAGAGCCCACGGGAGACAAUGGGCCCAACACGUGGCGGCAGGUCUUUUAAUUACUUAAUUUUGCUGCACCGGCUCCAUGGAGCGGCCUCCCGGCUAACCUGCGUGUUGUCACACGACUUAUUUCUGUUUCGGGUUGGCAUUUUAAUGUAUAUUUGAUGCAUUUCUUGUUUAUUUCCUAUUUAUUAAUAAGUUUUUUUUUAUUAUUAUUGGUUAGUCUUCAAAUAAUUUACUGUGAAAAGCGCUAUAAAAAUUACUAAGUUAUUUAUUAAUUAAUAUUAUUAAAAUUUAAAAGCAAUAAGAGACAUCAAUUUUCAAUGUCACUCAAAGCCCUAAAUGUGAGUAAAUUAAAAUCCCUGACUUGGUGAAAUGAAAACCCGCGGAGUCAUUCUUGUCGUUGGCUUCUCUUUCCUUCUUUUCAUGUUUGUUUAUUUAUUUUUUUUUGUUUAACUGCAAGGUUCAAGUAAUAUUUCACGAACCACUCCUCCCAUUGGUCAAUUUGCCAUCUAAAUCACCGCAUUCGCAACGUGACGUUGACUUCAGGAAAACAUCGCCCUUUGUUACCGGUUGGCUAAGAUGUUGUUUCCGCUAACUGGUAACCUUAGCUACUAUUGUUUUCGUGACGUAUGUUAUGCUUGGUGAAACACACUGCCAGUGAGUAAUUAUCACGUACUUUGCAUGACGCUGAACUGAAAAUGGAGGAAUAAGGAAUAGUUGAGCACAUAUCACACUUAAAAUGUCCGACCGAGAUAUGGGCGACUCGGAUUCCAACGCGACAAAUUCGACGGUAAACGUUCGCGCUGGGGGAUAUCGUAGUCUUAUAUCGCGAAUACGACAGAGUCCAAUGGUUCAAACCAAAAGACCUCAAUCAGGAGGACGACUCCAGCUUCAAGAUGAGUCACUUCGGUUAGGCUUGAAAAUGGUUCCCUUACAGGAUGGAAACAUCGCCUUUCAUCGCGCGGCAGCAAGUGGAAAUUCCGAAGAAGUGCGGAAAGUUCUGGCGGAGAAAAAAUACGACUUGGACGCGUUGGACGAGUACGGUUUCACGGCACUGCACUAUGCAGCUCAGUACAACAAAGUUUUCAUCGUCAACAUGCUUCUUGAUUUCGGUGCUAGAGUGGCUGUUGUAGGCAUAGAUGGAUCAACUCCCCUUCAUCUUGCCGCGAGGUUCAACUCCAUGGAUGCCCUUCUGUCGUUGAUUGGAUCAGGAACUAAAGUUAACGUUGCAAACAGCUUGACUGGGUCGACAGCUUUACACGAGGCCGCGGCGUUUGGAAACAAAGAAAUCGUUGAGCACCUCCUUAAGAACGUUAAUGCCGAUGCAAACGCGUCAGACUUCAAAGCCGUGACUCCUCUUAUGCAUGCCAGUGGUGCAGGUUACAGCAUCAUCUGUCUACUUUUGCUGCAGUAUGGGGCCACGAUUGAUAUGUGUUCCGCGGAGGGAAUGACGGUGCUUCAUUUUGCUGCAACCAAUAGAGAUUCGUACGUCACACAACAGAUAGUGGAAGCAGCAAUCCGUUAUUACUUCAAAAAAGAGCCCUCUGCUGUUUCAAAGCCAGAGAGCAGCCCAGACUUCAAACAGUUCAUCAACAGAUGUGACUUGGAUGGCAGUACGGCACUUCAUCUCGCCGUACAAACGGGCUCCAAGGAAGUGUCCCAGGUCCUUAUUCAAUAUGGUGCUGAUAUGAACUGUCAAAACAAGAGCUCGCAGACACCAAUAUACUUGGCAGCGGUCGGAGGACACCAGGAGGUGUUAAAAAUGCUGAUUUCAAAAGGUGGAAAUGUGAAUGCAAUAGACAGCCUACAGAAAACAGCUCUGCACAGUGCCGCUGCUUUGGGAUCCGUGAGAUGCAUCGAAAUUCUCCACGAAAAUGGCGCAGAAAUUGACGCUAGAGAUCAGAAUGGCCAAACGCCUUUUCACCAAGCGGUUGCCGCUGGACAGUCUGACUGCGUCAAAUUGUUCAUAUCCUUUGGAGCCAAGCUUUCAGCACAAGAUAAUCGCCUGCGUUGUUGUUUACAUCUUGCCGUGGAACAUGGCAGAGAAGAGACUCUUAGCAUGCUGCUAAGCGAGACUGGGUCCGACUUGGUCAACAUACCUGAUCACAAGCAGCGGACGUCUCUUCAUUACGCUUCUCGCGCUGAAAACCCGAAGUUAUUAGAAUUGCUACUUGAUACCAAAGUCAAUGGAUGUGUUCGAGACGUAAAGCACAAAACACCGCUUCAUGUAGCCGCUGACCGAGGUACCGCUCGGCAGGUUAAGGCUCUCACCCAGGCUGCGCCUUCUUGUGUUUGGCUGCGAGAUGACCAGCGGAGAACUCCAUUACAUUACGCUGUCAUUAGCAUGAAAAGAAAAUCCUGCGUCAUACUCUUGGAGAUGGGUGCCGAUAUUAACAGCCCUGAUAUCGUGGGCUGGACGCCCCUGUUAUGGGCUGCUAAGGCAGGAAACUUGGGCGUCGCGGAACUUCUUCUCGAGAGAGGCGUGCUCACAGAUCACGUGGAUAUCGAUGGUAACGCGGCACUUCAUGUAGCAGCGCACUUCAAUCAAGUAGAGACUACCAGGAUUCUGAUGAAUUAUGGGGCAAGCUUGCUGCUACUCAACAAACGUGAAAUGACAUGCCUUGACGUUGCUAUGGAAGCGCAGAAUAAUGAAGUGGUGAUGGUUAUUGUCAAACAUCAAAGGUGGCGUGAAGCUCUAACAGCUACGAGUGUCAAACCUAAUCCAAUGGGAAGGUUAAUCGAACAUUUUCCAGAUGCUGCCCAUGUUGUCAUGGAUCGGUGCAUCCAAAGAUCACUUUCUGAGCGCUCCAUCAAGUAUGAUUUCACCCUCCUAGAUCCAGGUCCCGACGACCAAAGUGGCGCAAAAGCGGAACGUUUCCUGGGCCUGUCGACCAUGGUGAAACAUAAACAACAGCUUCUCCUGACUCACGCGCUCUCUCGUAAGCUGAUGGUGUUGAAGUGGAGGAAGUUCGGCUGGUUUGUCUACGGAGGAAAUCUCUUUCUUUAUUCAGUUUUUCUCGUAUUUCUGACGAUUUUUGUCCUGACGGAGAGAGACACGCUUUCUUUCCCAGAGCCUCCAGAGCCUGGCGAAAAACCAGAAAUCGAAGAUGACUUCUUCCAAGAGAGAAAUAGUUUCAACCAGGCUGUGCCCUACAUCGUCAUUGCAUUCGCAAUCUUACACCUUGCAAAAGAGCUUUAUCAAAUUUACUCGCAGAGGUUUCGUUACUUCACAGAGUGGUCCAACGCCUUGGAAUGGACGUUGUACAUUACUGCAUUAUUGUUCGUUUUGCCCUACAUUUCUGACGACACUUCUCUCAGACAUGAGUACGAUAUUUACUGGCAGAUGGGAACGUUUUCUAUCUUUUUUGGCUACAUCAACCUAAUCCUAAUCAUAGAGCCACUUAAGUACUUUGGUUUGUAUGUGACCAUGUUCCUCGAAGUAAUGAAGACCGUGCUAAAGGUUUUGUGUUUGUUCGUGAUGUUCACCUUGGCCUUUUCGAUGGCGUUUUUCAUUUUGUUGAAAGAACAGGCUUCAUUUGCGACGAUAGGUAAGACAUUUAUGAAGGUGACUGCGAUGACAACAGGAGAAAUUGAAUACGCUGCAACUGUUAUUGACCAACUGAACAAUACCGUGCCUGGGACGUCGGGCAAAGGUGGUAUACCCCUCGUGCCUUUUGAAGAUUCGACUUAUUUGUUCUACUACUUGUUUAUAUUGGUGAUGCCGAUAGCCCUCGUUAACUUAUUGGUAAGCCGCGAUUCUCUUAAUUGUUCCCGUUUGAAACUUAACAGCAAGGUAUCAUUUAGAGGCUUGGGUCGCUAUGAGUUUAACUCAUAGUUGAGAGUUAAUAUCAAUUGAGAAAAAUCUGAGACUUCCAAAAUUUGCUGAUAGGAGAAAAACUGACUGACACACAGACAGACAGACAGACAGAUAGAUAGAUAGCUGAGAAAUCCCCUAAAA